AUGGCUUUCUUCGUUUUGCCACUCUUGGCCGUCGCCCCGCUGCUGGCGCAAGCAGAGAAGCCGCAUGUGCUGUUCAUUCUCGCAGACGACUAUGGCUGGGGCAACAUGGGCGUGCACCGUCGAGACGCCGCUUCCACUCCCGAGGAGCAGCAGGGCAAGGUGGAGGUGCACACGCCAAACAUGGAUGCCUUGAUCGAUGAGGGCAUUCUUUUGGAGAGGCACUACACGUACAAGAUUUGCUCACCGACUCGAUCCUCCAUACAAUCUGGUCGUCUCGCAGUGCAUGUGAAUCCCGUCAACUCGGCAGUCACCUCCCGGAACUACGAUGACCCUGUGAGCGGAUAUGCAGGUAUCCCAAGAAACAUGACAGGCAUUGCUGAGAAGAUGCGGGAUGGAGGCUACAGGACGCACAUUGUCGGAAAGUGGGAUGCGGGUAUGGCAACUCCCGAACACUCACCGAAGGGCCGAGGUUAUGAGACGUGGUACGGCUACUACCAGCAUGCCAAUGAUUAUUGGCACAAGAGCACCGUGUUCCUGGCUACCGGUGAGAUCGAUGCCUGUCUAAACCGCAUGCGAGAUCUUUCGAUGCACAACGAGACGUAUUCCGGUCCUGUGCGCGAUGCGAUCUCCCUGUCGGCGGCCUGCCAGGAGGACGAGGAGUCAGAUCCUGGUUGCUAUGAAGAGUAUCUCUUCAAGGAGCGAGUGUUGAAGAUCAUUCAGAUCUCUUGCAGCAGUUACUAUGCUUGA